AACCGCCCUAAAAUAGAAGACGCAGAAGGAAGUGACACAAGUGCACGCGGGUGCACAAAUUCGAGCCCUGCUUUGAAAACAAACAAAAAAUAAAGGUCUUGAUACAUUUUUGUUAAGCCGCUGAGUAUAACCUUUACAGCAAGACAGAUAUGGCUGAGAAUAGAGGAGGGUCAGGUCAGAGUCUGCACUUGAAACCUGAAUGGGAAAUGGACCCAGCAGAAUACACUCUUCGCAAGCGGCUCCCCCGUAAACUGCCAAAGCGCCGCAAUGACAUCUACAUUAAUAUGAAGACUAAUUUCAGGACCCAGCUGACUCGGUGCCAGAAGCUGCUAGACAGUGGUCAGUUCACAGACAUCUGUAUUCAUGGCUUAGGACUGGCUGUCCACAGGGCAAUCAACAUUGCCUUGCAGCUACAGGCCAACAGCUUUGGUGAACUGCAGAUAUCGGCCAACACCUCAACAGUGGAACUGGUGGAUGAUCUGGAGCCGGAGGUGGACCAUGCAGAGCGUAUCACUCAAAUACGCAGCAACUCUGCUAUCCAUAUAAGGGUUUUCCAUGCAGCUAGUAAGGCUUGAUUGACAAAAAGCAAAAUCAAGUCAGGAUACUGAAUACUGUUGUGAAGACGGUCACAUAUUUAGGUUAAGUUUGAAAGUCAAAUUUAUACUUCAAGCAAGUAGAGCAGAUCAUGGUAUAAAGAAUACUGAACACAUUUAAAUUGAAAAAUGAUGUCUGUGGAACAAAAUACGUCAACAAUUAUAGAUGUUAUAGUAUGAGUAUACAGCAUUAGUUCAAGAGUGAACUGCUCCAAUAUCAAUAUGGAUUCAGGAAUGCAUGCAGUUUGGAUCCUGUAUUUUAAAGUGAUCUCUCCUCAAACGGUAUUUGAAUUAAAAAGCAAAAAAAAAAA